CUUGACAGUGACAUCUAAAGAAUUGUUUAUUUAUUUAAACAUCCUGGUUAAAUCAGUAAACAAUAAAAUGGGAAACAUUUAAUCAACUGUAGCAACCAAACAUGCGACUAGAAAGCUUUGGGAUGAAAGGUUCCUAGUUUGCAUUUAACAGCUCUACAUUGAUCUGUUCUGAAAACAUCAAGAUGAUUAUUAUGGAAGAUAAUCGAUCAAUGACGUUCCACUGCUCGGAAUUGUCGUCCACAAUGUUCCACAAGCUCUAUGAGCAAAAGAGAAUGAACAGAUUUUGUGAUGUAACCCUGUAUGUAAAUAACAAAAUUCUGAAGGCCCAUCGCAACGUUUUAGCUUGUAGUUCACCUUAUUUCGAUUCCAUUUUAAAGCAUCAUAAAGUAGUUAAAGAACAGCUUACUGUAAACUGUUUAGAUAGCGAAAUAUUUAAUCAUGUUUUAAGCUUUAUGUAUACAGGAGAAAUUACCGUAAAACACUCCAAUGUAGAGGAACUCCUUAAACUCGCAGACCAUUUUAUAUUAACCAAAGUAAUUGAGUACUGUAUAGAAUUUCUAGGGACUAAAUUAAGCUUAGAUAAUUGUCUGUUUACCUAUUUUUUAACUCAGAGGUUCAAGCUGAAGCAUUUAGGAAAUAUUGUUGAAAAUUGGAUAGGUAGUCAUAUAGAUAAUAUUUGCGAAGGAGACGAAAUUGGCCGGCUCAGUUCUAAGGAGCUACAGGACUUUUUUAGAAACAAGAACUUUAUUCUAACAACCCAGAAAGCCCUAACAGUUCUCUCAAAAUGGGUCCUGUUGGACCUAGAUAGGAGAGAAAAAUACUUUGAUAAGCUCGUUAGAUGUUUCUAUACUAACAAUCUAGAACCGGCUGAGGUUUUCAAGCAUCUAGACACGAGUAUUCUGUAUAGCAAAAGUGAGAUUUGUUUGUUCAGGUUUUUAGAUUAUUUAGCGCAGAAUAGUUGGACGUUAUCCAGCUUUAAAACGCGAUACGAAGUGUUGCAAGCAAAAUACGGACAAUUGAUACUUAGUGACUCGAAAAGUCAGGACCAAGAAAACAUUCGACCAGAGAAAAUAGUGAUUACUGAACGGAUGGAUAAUAAUUCGUCUCAGAAUGUGUUGAACUCAGUGAAAGUGAAAGCUAAAUUAAGAGACCAAAAAAGACUGAUUUUGAAAAAGUUGAUGCUGUUUGGUUUAAAACCGAGCUUGAGGAUGGCGGCCCUGAAAAUGCUCACUUGCAGAAAACAACGAAUUUCUCUUAGCGAAAAUGAGAAGGAAGAGACUGAAGGCAAUGAAGACAACGAUGAAAAAGUGGGCAUCAAAUGCCCGAUAUGUUUUGCCACCAUCAAUGAUAGUUUACUGCUGGAGCAACAUCUCGCAUUAAGUCACGCAAAGGAUGUAACUUACAAAUGCGGGAUUUGUUCGUUUGUUUGCCAGUAUCAUGGGGAUUAUUUGAACCACAUGAAAACGCACUUUAACGGACCACCAUUCAAAUGCGACUAUUGCGAGUACAAUACGGAUCAAAUUUCAAAACUGAUUACCCAUAGAGCUCAACAUUUAGAUGAAUCCAUCUAUCAGUGCACCUUCUGUUCCUUUAAGUGCCGCCAAAAGCACAACUAUGUCUCCCACAUGAAAAUCCACACUCCAGAAAAAACCUACAAAUGUGAGCAUUGCUUCAAAUCCUUCAGAUACAAACAGAACCUGGAAGCGCAUCUUCUCACGCACUCAAAUGAAAAGAAUUUGACUUGUGAUUCGUGCGGAUUCCAUACCAAAUUUCUUAGCCAUAUGGUGGCGCACAAACGAAUCCAUUCAGGUGAAGUGUUCCGGUGUUCAUAUCCGCACUGUAAAUACACUUCAUCAAAGAAGAAUCAGUUGGCAAUCCACUCCAAAACGCAUAAUGGAGGUACGAAUGUUGGAGGGGCUCGGCCGCAUGCCUGCUCAGUAUGUGGACGAGGAUUUAUGGAGAAGUCUCACCUUGUACGACAUGAGAGGAUACAUUUGGAGGAAAAGCCUUUUAAGUGUUCGAGCUGCGAUUAUGCCAGUUCGAGAAGAGAUAAGCUAAAGGAGCACUUCACUAGACACCAUGGGGAGAAUGCCUCAGCUAAGGUCCCUUACAAAGCGAGGCCCUUGAGAAAUGGAACUGCUUCAUCGUCAACUUCUUCUGGGAGGUCCAAGUCCCAGAACAAUCAGGAUAACUCUCCAGUCUCAACUUCGGCCAACACAACAAACCUUAGCAACUCGGUCAAUUUUACUCAAAGCAGUAGCACAGCAACUAAUGCGAGCAAUGUGAGUCAAUCAAUUGCCGGUCCAGAAAUUCAGGAGCUAAUUAUGCACCAUCAGAAUCAUACUACGCCCACGGCAGCUAUCAAUGCUGCAGCUUAUCCCCAUCAUUUCGCCGAUCAUGCUGCAGAGUUUCAUCACGCCCAUACCCAUGCCCACAACAUUCACAAUCAGCUGCUGGCCACUUCAGCAGCCGCAGCGGUUGCUAGUCAUUCGCAAAGAUCAGCUGCAUCAAAUGGCAGCCACAACAACGGCCACGUGAUGCUGUCUAGAUCAAAUCAUUCUACAGCUACAUCUACAGCCGCUGCUGUUGCAGCUGCAAUGAUGCUAGAUCCCAGAUUUCAUCAUAAUACUACGGUACCAUAUCAUCCCUCAACCACCCCUGUUUCGAUGGCAAUGGCUGCCGUUCAAUCUUCGCAACAAAUUCAAGCGUCCGGCCAGGGCGCUGAAUAUCCGCCUCCUUUACAAAACUGCAUGACAUUAUUCUAAAAUAAGUUCGCUAUUCCACAUUAGUGAUUUUCUUGGCUUGUACUGACUGUACACGUAUUAAUCCAUAGGUAUUUUGCUUUCGAUUGGAAGAGGCAAAUGUGUGGAUAUAUCCAAAAAUCGAUGAGCAGGGCGUUCUUGAAAUGCUGAUCUGAUGAAACAUUCGCAGCUCUAGAGCCACAUAAUUGAAUAAAACUUACUUAAAUUCGUUUUUAAACGCAAGCUAGUCGACAAUGGCAUCUAUAUGAUUCUGGUCCAGUGAGUCGCCAUUGAAAAUUGCGCAAAAAUAUAGUUUGUCCAAGUUUAAAUUAAUUUCAAGUACACCCUCUCAACAUACACUCGCAAAUUAUGUAAUUUUCGGUAUGUAAAGUGUAAUGAAAUAAAAAUAGGAUUUAGA